AAUGAACAGAUGGCGGAAGAGAAUGUUUCGGUCGUUACUGAGUUUAUUCUUCUGGGCUUGACAGAUCGUGCUGAACUCAAAGUUGUGCUAUUUGUGCUGUUCCUGGUGAUCUAUUCCAUCACCGUGGUGGGGAAUCUGGGUAUGAUCUUCUUAAUCCGAAUCACACCAAAGCUCCACACACCCAUGUACUUCUUCCUUAGCUGCCUUUCAUUUGUGGACGCCUGCUAUUCAUCCGUCAUUGCUCCAAAAAUGCUGAUCAGCUUCUUGGUCGAGAGGGAAUCCAUUUCUUUCCCUGCCUGCAUAGUGCAGCACUUGUUUUUUGGGGUGUUCAUCACCACGGAAGGUUUCCUGCUUUCAGCGAUGGCUUACGACCGCUAUGUGGCCAUUGCCAACCCUUUGCUUUACAACGUAGCCGUGUCCAGGAGAAAGUGUGUCGUGCUGGUGGCUGGGUCCUUCGCGGGUGGCAUGGUUAACUCGUUGACACACACCGUUAGCCUGGGAAGACUCUCCUUUUGUGGACCCAAUGUUGUGAGCCACUUCUUCUGUGAUGUUCCCCCUCUGCUGAAGCUGUCAUGUUCCGAUACAUCUAUGAAUGAGUUUUUGCUUUUAACCUUCUCUGGAAUCAUUGCCAUGGGCACGUUCUUGAUUGUGAUUAUUUCCUACAUAUUCAUCGCCGUCGCUAUUCUGAAAAUCCACUCUGCCUCAGGCAGGAAGAAAGCUUUCUCCACCUGUGCCUCUCACCUGACUGCUGUGACCAUAUUCUACGGAACCCUGAGUUUCAGUUACAUUCAGCCAAGCUCCCAGUAUUCUGUGGAGCAGGAGAAGGUGGUUUCUGUGUUCUAUACACUGGUGAUUCCUAUGUUAAACCCACUGAUUUACAGUUUGCGAAACAAGGAGGUCAAGGAUGCUGUGAGAAGGGCCCUGGGCUCCACACAUUUCUCAUGUGAAAGUUACUGUUGA